AUGUGUGUGGUUCACCCAACCACACGAUGCCCCUCUUCUAUACCUAGAUUAACGUAUCUGAACACAACCCAUCGAUCGUACGAUAGCGAAGAGUAUGAGGUUGUUUUUCCCGGCUGGGGAGACACUACGAAUAUUGAAUUCUUUGAUGAAUCACAGAAGGUGUUUGGCCGUAAUUACAAUGCACUUUUGAAGGAGCUGCUUAAAACACCGUUUUAUCAACAGAACAUCAGCAUUCGAGGAGCGCCCUAUGAUUUUCGCAGAGCCCCACAUGAAAAUGAGAAAUUCAUGAGUCAAUUUAAGGAGUUAAUUGAGGAGAAGUAUGUCCGAAACGGGAGAAAAAGGGUUGUUAUCGUCGCUCACAGCAUGGGAACUAUGUAUACUUUAUACUUUCUGAACUUGCAAUCUCAGUCGUGGAAGAAGACCUACCUGGAAGCGUUUGUGUCUGUCAGUGGUCCUUUUGGAGGAGGCUCAAAAGCUAUGGCAGUCAUUGCGAGUGGUCAGUGUAACUAA